UCUUCUCUCGCCGUAAACUGGAAGCGCUCUCUCUUUUUAUUCUGCAGAAUCACCGGAAGAAGAAAUGGCGAUGGCAGAGAGCAUCAGGUCCAGUCUUCCUCUCUUCAACAAGCUCCUGAGACCCGAUUUCUUCCCCACUCAUGGAUCAAUCCUUCAACGAACCCUACUCUGCCCACAGGCGCUCCUAGCUCUUGUGCUUCCCACUCUUCACAUCUGCUGCAAUUUCAUCGAACCAACCUAUAAUACUUUGCUUCUGAUCCAAUUUCCAGCCCUUAUCUGCAAUGUUAUGGUAAAUCAAAGCUAUAUCAUUCACCUCUAUCCCUCACUCAAUUGGGAGAAUGUUGUCUUUGAACUCACUGGAAGAUCCCAGGAGGUAGUUCCGCUUGAUCCAAGCAAGAAUAUCCACUCCCUAUAGUUUCCCAUCUCCCUUGCAGGCAGCAUCAUCAGAUGCUAUUGUCCUUCACUUUUGUUAUGUUCUCUAGCAGUAGUUCUCUGUUUAGGUACCUAGUAAAACUAUGGUUUAUUUUAUCUAUUGUAAUGAAAACUCUAUUUUAGA